GGUCGGACACCAACGGCAGCACUCAGCUUCCCUUCUCCCAGUUAGCGAGAGAUUGAAACUACUUGCUGGUCAAAGCCAUGGCCAUAGCCGCCGCCAUUUCUCUACCUCUCACAUCCCCGACUCGCUGUUAUCUCAACAUCACCGAUCAACUUCGAUCUCUUUCUUCUUCUUACUCCUCUUUCUCUACUUGUCAAUUCAAUUUCUUCAAGAAAGAUAGCACUCGGAUAUGCCCUAGUGUUCGCGUUUCGGCGUCUGCCUCCAUGAGCAUCCAAACUCCCGAGAAAGCCUCCCCUCCGACGUCGUUUCUGGACCGACGAGAGAGUGGGUUCCUUCACUUCGUCAAGUACCACGGCCUCGGCAACGACUUUAUCUUGGUGGAUAAUAGGAAUUCAUCAGAGCCUAAGAUCACACCGGAACAAGCCGUGAAGCUGUGUGAUCGGAACUUUGGGAUUGGUGCUGAUGGGGUGAUAUUCGUGAUGCCGGGCAUCAAUGGCACUGACUAUACCAUGAGGAUUUUCAAUUCCGAUGGUAGCGAACCAGAGAUGUGUGGUAAUGGUGUGAGAUGCUUCGCCAGAUUCAUUGCCGAGCUUGAGAAUUUGCAGGGGAAGCAAAGUUUCACUGUACAUACAGGUGCCGGUCUAAUUGUGCCAGAAAUUCAAGAUGAUGGGCAGGUUAAAGUUGAUAUGGGAGAACCCAUACUUAAAGCAUCUGAUGUACCUACAAGAUUACCUGCAAAUAAAGAUCAAUCUGUUGUCAAGGCAGGGCUAAAUGUAGACGGAGUAACCUGGAAUGCGACCUGUGUUAGUAUGGGAAAUCCUCACUGUGUAAUUUUUGGUUCAGAAGAAGCCCAGAAUUUGCAGGUUGAUGAAUUAAAGUUAGCUGAAAUUGGUCCAAAGUUUGAGCAUCAUGAGAUGUUCCCAGCACGAACUAACACAGAAUUUGUUCAAGUUUUCUCUCCUUCACACCUGAAAAUGCGUGUCUGGGAGCGUGGGGCAGGAGCAACGCUAGCCUGUGGAACUGGAGCUUGUGCAACUGUUGUUGCAGCAGUUCUUGAAGGUCGUGCUGGAAGGAAUUGCACGGUUGAGCUACCUGGAGGGCCAUUGCAGAUUGAAUGGAGGGAGAAAGACAAUCAUGUGUACAUGACUGGCCCGGCCGAAGCAGUGUUUUAUGGAUCUGUUCCCCUAUAAUAUGGUCUUGCCUAAAUUAUUUUCCAUCAGGGGAGACAAAUUUUCUAGAAUUCUAGAGUUAGCCGUGCAGAAGUUAGAACAAUUUUUUUUUUUUUUUUUUGGGUGCAUUUCUAUGCCUUUGUGAACCUUUAAGUCCCCCAAAGGUUGAGAUGUUUGUGUAUCAGACUUGAUGAGGGAUCAAGACCUGCUGUUUUAAUAGUGCCAACAUUGAGUCAUUAGGCAAUGGUGAUAUUUGCUGCGGUUCAUAUUGGUAAGAUAUGAAUCAUUAUGUGUUUUUUUA